CUUACAAAAUUACAUCGCAGUGGAGAGAUAACAGAAACAUGGGCUAAGCAUGAACCCCACUUCCCCAGCUAUGAGUUUUUGCCCCCGCUCAUUGUCGAAAGAGGGCAUGAGGAUAUAACCCAUCACCAUAAAACUGACCGGGAUUAUAUGGUUGGUCGGAUAGUGAAUCAUAACAAUCUCCAUUACUUUGAAAGCAAAUGGCAGAUGUUAGAUCCCACCCAUUCCAAUGGACAUGCUAUAGGACAUUUUAAUGAACAUUCAAGGGGACAUUCUAAUUCCUAUUCCAGGGUUCAUUCUACUGAAUGCUCAAAGGGAAGUUCUAGGGUUGGGUCUAGUGGACGUUCUAGGGGUGGGUCUAGUGCACGUCGUAGGGGUGGCUCUACUGCAUGUUCUAGGGCUGACUCUAGUGGAUGUUCUAGGGGUGGCUCUAGUGGACGUUCUAGGGGUGGCUCUAGUGAACGUUCUAGGGGUGGCUCUAGUGGACGUUCUAGGAGUGGCUCUAGUGGACGUUCUAGGGGUGGCUCUAGUGGACGUUCUAGGGGUGGCUCUAGUGGAAGUUCUAGCAUCCAUUCCAUCAGGUCUCCCAGGCUGGACUUCCAGGCUAAGCAUGUCAACCCUUUUCAAACUAUGACCAACAGUUCUCCAGACAUUCAGAAUGCCAACAUCACUCCAACUGUUCCUAUGGUCAACAACAAACACAGUGAAACAACAUCAGGACAUACAACUGGUCCUGCGAUAUAUUCUACAUCACUUGUGCAGACCUUUACUACGACUGCACAGCAGUGUGUUUUUACGGAUUUCCCUUCCACGGGAGGUACAGAAUCUGGUGUUGUUGACCUAAAAGCAGCCCAGGUAACAAAUGCAGACACCCAUGGUAUACUAGGACCUAGUGUUCCUUCCCAAGCCAUAACACAACAUACAGAUCAUCUUCCUGGCAAUGCUGCUCUGGUUUCUCACACACAGACCUCUACCACCCCUGAACAGCAACAUGCUUCCUCUCCUUCUCUCACUGACACCCCUCAGGAAAAACCUCAUAAACAUAAGAUCUCACUCAAGGAAAUACAGCACUGGCCCCAGAGUGUUUUAAGAUCUAAAAAUGGACCUGUAAAUGGGAAUAACUCAACACAAGACCCCUCUCAGUCCCAACAAUCUAGCACAGAGAAGAUGGAUGUUUUACAAGCAGGCAAAACACAACUACAUCUAAACACCAAAGACUACCAGGCGAGCCCCCCUGAGAGGUUUAGUAAUGAGGACUCCACUAUACGGCUGGAGAUGAAGUCCACCCCCAGGUACAUGACCCUGACGGCAGUCGCCACCGCUCAACCCCCCCCAGUGGCUAUCGUCCCGCCAAUGGGUCCACAGCAGUCCCCAGAGCCUAUGGAGACAGAGAAUGCAGGCAAUGAGCUGCCAUUUAAGAUUUUACAGACCUGGUCCAUCAAUGAAAAACAGGCGGAAAACCUGUGGGAAAGAGCUAAAGAUGAUGCAAGUUCUCUCUCUGUCCUAAAUGAGAUGGUUCAAGUUGAGAGUCUUCUGGAGUGUGAUAAACCUGUAGAUGCAUCUGCAACAAGUUCAAUGGCAUCUACAGGAGAGGACAAUGAUGAGGUCCUUCAGGUCAUCACACAAAUGGACAAGAGAUCACCUUCACCAUUUAUCCACACCAACCCUCAGGCAACUGAUAUUGUAUGCAUCGGUGGUGCCCAGAUAAUCAUGGAAGGUAGCUCUAAUGUUGCAGAUGAGAGCACUCUUGAUUUGUCCACAAUUGCUGAAGUUCAGUUCAAGUUAUGUGCGCUGCAGAGACUGGUUACUUAUCUGGAGAGUGCGACAACAGUCACAGAGGCAAAGGAUGGUUGUCUCGGGGCCAUAUUGGAGUUGUAUUGGGGAGGGGAUACCUCUAACCUGUUAGAAGCUUUAAAAGAUCAAAUGGAUGAGAAAAUCAUGCAGGAUGUGUCUGCCUGGGCCGCAGAGGAUGAGAAGGCCGUGGUUUUCUUUGCAGUCAGUGGUAUAUCACUAGGGGAAGUGCUUGAGAAGAUUCCCAUUCCAGUACAUGUUGACACCUCUUCCCAAGUGGGUUAUAGGUCAUCAUGGUUAAAUGUCAACGAGAAGCUGAAUGACAUUGACAAAGAUUCUGGAAGAGCUUGGUCUCUGUGGUUCAUACCAGACCUCACAACAAACACAGACCUUACGAUGGAUGCAGAGCCCCCAACAAACACAGACCUCACGAUGGACGUAGACCCUCCAACAAACACAGACCUCCCAACAAACGCAGACUUAGAGGCAGAACCCCGUUCCCCAAUGAUUUUGACCGUCCUCACACCAGAGGAUGCUGUGAAACUGCUUGCUGAAACAGAGGCACCAGACACAGACCUCAAAACGGUCGUAGACCUCACAACAGACUCGGACACAGAACCCCUUUCCCCAAUGAAUUUGACCAUCUUGACAUCUGAGGAUGCCACGAGACUGUUUUGCCAGAUCGAGAAUGGCUCUGACCUCCAAUUCGUGUCCCCUGAAUCCUGCUCUAAAGACAAAGAUAAGACACAGACAAAGCAACUAGAGAAUAUAGAAAGUGGCAGCUUAGAUAAGUCCUGCUACUGUCCUUGUGGUAUUGAAACUGACAAUGGGUUUGAAAUGGGCCUAUGCUCCAGUUGUCAGAGAGAGAAAGGAUUGCAGCAAGAUACAAGAUGCAUAACAAUCGCUCACUGCUUUACCAUGUCAUGUACAAAUGAUCAGGAGACAGAGGUCCCCAAGGACUCUGGGGGGAAGGUGACUGUUGACAGUCAAUGCAGGGACAAGAAGCAGAUACAUUCAACUGAAGAAGAGGGUGAUGACAAUAAAUCCAGUGACAAUAAGACACAGGGUGAAAUGCAGCAAUGGACAGGCGUCAUACCGAUCAUUGACUUUUUUUUCUGGUCAGAUACAAGUGAGGAUUCCGAUCAGGAGACAGAGGAGAGCUAUAAUGAGCAACAUGCUCAGAUUGAGGCUCAUGCUUCUAAUGUGAAAAGGACAGAGCCUGAAACUGAUGCCAAAGCACUAUGUGAGUCAGCCCAAGAACGUACGACCCAAAGCAAAGUCAGUCCUGGUUCUGAGGAUAGAUGGCAAGAGAAGGACCAAGACUGCAGGACGAGUACAUUACCACUUCCCAAGGUUGAAAACCCCUCUACGUUAAGAGCUAACAUCAAAGCAGACAACUGGUGUUCACCUGUAGAAAAGUAUGACAAAGUUGCUGACUUUGUCACUCAAUACAAAACCUGCAAGUCAAAGAAAAAAGUACAUAAAAAAAUGGAAAAGGAGAAGACCCUCCAUCCAACGUCAUCUGACAGGCAACGUUACAAGAAAAGCCAUGGGAGAGCAGAGCGGGGAAGGACACCAUCCCAAACCACUAAGUGCUCUGGGUUGAAGGCAACUAUGAAUGAUCAAUGCAGGGACACAAAGCCACAUGCAUCACACAAGAAGAGACAUUCAAAUGAGAGUGAUGAAAAUCGAUGUAAAGACAAGAAGAGGGGAUCAUCAACUGUGAAAGAGCGUGAAGGCUGUCAAUCCAGGGACAAGAAGCCACCAAAGAGGAGACAUUCAACUGAGAAAGAGAGAGAGGACAAUCAAAGUAGGGACAAGAUGUCACAGAAGAGGAGAAAUUCAACUGAAACUGACGGCAGGAACUCAGACUCCAAAGAGUUACAGUGCCAGUUGGUGGACAUAGAGAGGGCCAGUGGAAACUCACUCCCGUGCCCUGGGGUGAAAACCCUCCAUGUGCAGGGAUCCUCAACCACCACCAUUCCUCUCAAAAUCUCCAUAAACAUCCCCAAAAAGCCUUCCAUAAACGCCUCACCCUCAAAACAUACUGAAGUCCCCAGAAUGCCAAAGACUAAAGCCCAGAACAAAACUAACAGACACAAUUCCCCUGCAAAGUCAAUGUCUCCUGUUGUCAAAGAGCGGCAGAGGAACGACAUCAAACACAAGCAAAAAAUUCAAUGCCAAAAAGUCAGAUUGAAAAAGCUGUCCUUACCCAAACAUCUUGUCAGGAAAGGUUCUCCACCAAGCCGGGAGAGCGAGGUAGAUUCUCCACCAAGUCUGAAGAGAGAGAAAGGUUCCCCACCAAGGCAGAAGAGGGUGGCGGAUAGAGGAGAGUCUGGGGGUUUAGGGAUAAUGGUCUCUAAGAUUCCUGACUCGUCCAAGAAACUAAAACCUACGGCAGAGAGUGACUUGACAUCCCAACAGAAAUUGACACAGAUUCCGAAGGUGUUGAAAAAUAAUGAGAAAGGAAGGUUGUCAGAAAGUGAGUGUGAGUACGACUCGCUGCCCCCCAAGCCAAAGCUGCCAAGGAUUCCGAAGCUUCUGAGGACUCCAGAGGUUUCAAAGGAUUGGUGUGAGAGAGAGAACAGAGAAGAGACAUCUCCCAGUGCUUCACCUGAAUCACAAACGCUGAACAAAUCUGCAAGAGUGGCACACAAGCCCAAACCUUUUAUCAAGCCUGCCAGGCCCAAAGGUUAUAGCCCAGGUAGUCAUGCUUGCCCUAAUCCGGCCAGGUUAUCACCGGAACAUGACAACCGCCAUUUUGGGGCAAAAGUCUCUGCGAGGCAGCAGGUGUUCUCAAAUUGGGAGAGCAGCUUUGUCCCGACUCCAAUCCCCCGGACUCGCAGGCGAUCAGGGUGUCCUCCAGAGGAAGUGGAAGGUUCACAGGCCAGUCCCAGGUCCAGCUCGGAGACCAGGAUCAUCCGACCCAUUCUAAAACGUGUCGAUGCUCCGCCGAAACCCAAGCGGAACAUCAGCUUUCCUUUGAAUCCAAGGAACGUGCACUACUUCAAGCCCUGUGAAUAUGAAAAUUACGUCAUGUUCAACAGGUCUUACAAAGAUCCGGAAGAUGCAGAGCGCUCUGAUGAUGAAGAGGAAGAUGCUUCUGUGAACUGCCAGAACAAGAAGAAACAGCCCCCCGUUAUGGAAGCGAAGCAGCAAGAUAUAGGGGAGCUGAAGCCUGGACAAAGCGGUUUAUGUGAAAAGCGCUUCAAAAGGAAGUGGGAAAUGCAGGAGCCUGCUGUCAUUUUGAUGAAGGAGAGCAUUGUUCAGGCAAAGCAUUGGACGAAGUCUCUCCAUCGUGAUCCUCCAAAAGAAUUCAGACACUCAGCAAAAAUAACUGGAGUUGGUUACAAGUGGUCUGAGAAGCAGAAGAAGAGGCCAAAUUAAAUUGAAGGUUCCUCUCGGAAUUCAAGUCCCCUUCACGGUCACCAUCCAGCUUCCUCUCAGAAUGCAAGUCCCCUUCACGGUAACCAUCCUACUGACUCUCUGCAUGCAAGUCCCCGUCACGGUCAUCAUUCAGGUUCUUCUCAGAUUGUAAGCCCCCCUCGUGGUCACCAUUCAUCCUCCAGCCAAGGGAAAAGAAUUGAGGCAACGGCUAGGCACCAUGGCUUUCCGGUGGACGAAUGGAACGAGUGGUGGUCAGAAGACAGACGUGAUUCGUAAGCCAAUCAGCCGGCCAUGACAGGAUAUACCAGACAGUACAAUAGUUGAUGCAACCUGCAAAGACAAUGCCAUCGUGCCUAUGCUGUUUAAAAAAACUUGAAACACUACAGACAGUAACUAAAUUUAGGCUACAUUAUGCAGUUUACUUUUCUACAUGUUUUUAAAUUAAUAAAUGUCUUAUUUCUCUCCCUAUAAUAAGGUCGGUUAUCUGCGGUUGAAACAGUCAGAAGUGUGUAUUAUAUACUAUGUACAUUGUUACUCUUGACACCUAACAUGCUGACCAAACCGCCCGCUUGCGUGGGUACGCCAUCGCGUGCAAGUUGAUUUUGUUCACCCACACCAGAAGCGAUCAGGACACGCAGGUUGAAAUAUCAAAACAAACUCUGAUUAGAUUAAUUUGUGGACAGGUCAAAAAGCAUUAAACAUUUAUGGCAAUGUAGAUAGCUAGCUUGCUGUUGCUAGCUAAUUUGUCCUGGUUCAGUGGGGCAAAAAAGUAUUUAGUCAGCCACCAAUUGUGCAAGUUUUCCCACUCAAAAAUAUGAGAGAGGCCUGUAAUGUUCAUCAUAGGUACACUUCAACUAUGACAGACAAAAUGAGAAAAAAAAUCCAGGAAAUCACAUUGAAUUUAUUUGCAAAUUAUGGUGGAAAAUAAGUCACCUAAAAACAAGCAAGAUUUCUGGCUCUCGCAGACCUGUAACUUCUUCUUUAAGAGGCUCUGUCCUCCACUCGUUACCUGUAUUAAUGGCACCUGUUUGAACUUGUUAUCAGUAUAGAAUACACCUGUCCACAACCUCAAACAGUCACACUCCAAACUCCACUAUGGCCAAGAACAAAGUGCUGUCAAAGGACACCAGAAACAAAAUUGUAGACCUGCACCAGGCUGGGAAGACUGAAUCUGCAAUAGGUAAGCAGCUUGGUUUGAAGAAAUCAACUGUGGGAGCAAUUAUUAGAAAAUGGAAGACAUACAAGACCACUGAUAAUCUCCCUCGAUCUGGGGCUCCACGCAAGAUCUCACCCCGUGGGGUCAAAAUUAUCACAAAAACGGUGAGCAAAAAUCCCAGAACCACACGGGGGGACCUAGUGAAUGACCUGCAGAGAGCUGGGACCAAAGUAACAAAUCCUACCAUCAGUAACACACUACGCCGCCAGGGACUUAAAUCCUGCAGUGCCAGACGUGUCCCCCUGCUUAAGCCAGUACAUGUCCAGGCCCGUCUGAAGUUUGCUAGAGAGCAUUUGGAUGAUCCAGAAGAAGAUUGUGAGAAGGUCAUAUGGUCAGAUGAAACCAAAAUAUAACUUUUUGGUAAAAACUCAACUCGUCGUGUUUGGAGGACAAAGAAUGCUGAGUUGCAUCCAAAUAACACCAUACCUACUGUGAAGCAUGGGGGUGGAAACAUCAUGCUUUGGGGCUGUUUUUCUGCGAAGGGACCAGGACGACUGAUCCGUGUAAAGGAAAUAAUGAAUGGGGCCAUGUACCGUGAGAUUUUGAGUGAAAACCUCCUUCCAUCAAUACGGGCAUUGAAGAUGAAACGUGGCUGGGUCUUUCAGCAUGACAAUGAUCCCAAACACACCGCCCGGGCAACGAAGGAGUGGCUUCGUAAGAAGCAUUUCAAGGUCCUGGAGUGGCCUAGCCAGUCUCAAGAUCUCAACCCCAUAGAAAAUCUUUUGAGGGAGUUGAAAGUCCGUGUUGCCCAGCAACAGCCCCAAAACAUCACUGCUUUAGAGGAGAUUUGCAUGGAGGAAUGGGCCAAAAUACCAGCAACAGUGUGUGAAAACCAUGUGAAGACUUACAGAAAACGUUUGACCUCUGUUAUAUGCCCUUUGUUGGCAAUGACAAAGUAUUGAGAUAAACUUUUGUUAUUGACCAAAUACUUAUUUUCCACCAUAAUUUGCAAAUAAAUUCAUUAAAAGUCCUACAAUGUGAUUUUCUGGAUUUUUUUUCUCAUUUUGUCUGUCAUAGUUGAAGUGUAUGUUAUGCAGGUGAGUGAGGACCCAAAAGCGGUUUAACAGAAACAGAGUCUUUUAAUGUCCAAACACAGGGAAGACAUAAAUCCUCUUCAGAUGUAUCGGUUGACAAAAUAGACAACCCGCAGAGAGGGCGACAAAUAAAUCAUAAAGUCCUCUGAUCUUUACAGGAGAGUCCCCUUCUAGCAGCAGAGGAGAAUAGCAGGGUUAGCGGCAACAGACUGCUGGUCUCUCCGGGUAGGCGCGGGUUGUAGAGGACAGAGGUACCUGAUCACACGUAGCAUCUGAUGAAGAGGCAGAUUACGACAGGACGGGACAAGGGUGAAGCAAACGAGAAUCUGACAAAGACAGAAGCAGAAACAGAGAGAGAAAUAGAGACCUAAUCAGAGGGAAAAAAGGGAACAGGUGGGAGAGAGUAAACGAGGUAGUUAGAGGAGAUGAGGAACAGCUGGGGGAAGGAAAGGGAGAGAAGGUAACCUAAUACGACCAGCAGGGGGAAACGAAGUGAAGAGAAAGAACAGGAACAAGACAUAACAUGACAAUACAUGACAGUGUACCUAUGAUGAAAAUGACAGGCCUCUCUCAUAUUUUUAAGUGGGAGAACUUGCACAAUUGGUGGCUGACUAAAUACUUUUUUGCCCCACUGUAUAUAAACAUUGGGUUGUUACUUUACCUGAAAUGCACAAGGUCCUCUACUCUGACAAUUAAUCCACAGAUAAAAUGGUAAACCGAAUUCGUUUCUCGUCAUCUCUCCUUCAGGCUUCUUUUUCUUCUUUGGACUUUAUAUGGCGGUUGGCAACCAACAUUACAGCAUUACUACAACCGACCAGAGUGUGGAUAUAAGUUCAUCUUUCAAUACCCCAGGUGGGUAUAUGCUCCUAAAAACCAAUGAGGAGAUGGGAGAGGCCGGACUUGCAGCACGUUGAGUGUCACAAAUAAAACCAAUUCCUAUUUUAGCUCCUGGCCGCGCAGGUGCUCGCUGACGCACAAUGAUUGAUUAACAUGUAUGUUUACAUUUAUUUUGCAACGCUCGCGCAUGCGACGAAUGCGGUGUGGUCAGCAUGUAAGGGUGAUUGGCGUUUGGUUAUCCGUAUUCCUACAGUAUUGUUUGCCUGCAUUGUUAGGGCAUCAUCAUAAUGAUGGUAUUGGAAAUUGUAUUUUGUUUGUUUACAGUAUUUUUUGACUCUACCUAUUGCAGCCAGAACCAAAGCUAAAGGGGAGAAACCAGACGAGUUUCUGUUGUCCCAUACACAAAACAUGUCAAUUGUAACAGGUGUUUUUUUAACACUGGUGAUAAAUGUAUCAUAUAUGUCUGACAUCAAAUGAUAUUUGAAAGCUGUUGUCAUUUGUUUAAUGUGGUUCCUUGCACUGGGUUUAUAGUUAUCUGUGGCUAUAGAUUAUGUUUGUAGUUAAAUUCAACUGAUGCUGCUGAUGUUUCGGGUUUUGAGGAAUGUGUGUAGUUUACACGUCACUGGUUUCAUACUACGUCUUAAAGUUGUCAAUCCCAUGUUUUGUUUUUAAUAUUUGUCCGUUCUGAUGCUGUAUUGUUUUAUAUAUGCUCCUCUGAUGUUUACUGUAUUGUUAUGGUACUGAACUAAUAUAAAUAUAGAAAAUAUGUUGUUGUUACCUAUCCUCUCAGGCUACCCAGCAUCCAAUGAAGGUAAUUGUAGUAUUAUUUACCUUCACCACCAGUCAAAGACCACUUUUGAGACACACACAGUUACACCACCAGAGGGAAGCAAAGUACAAUGUUCCUUUCAUUUCAGUCACUCACUUGUGCAAGGCUUCUUUCUCGGGUUCUCCUAUGUGUUGAGACUUGAAAGACUCAGAUAGGUGAAUGGAUCAGAACAGAUAAAAGAGGGGAAUCUUCAGUCAUAUUUUCUGUUUCUACACAACACUUAUUGUAUAUUUAUUGGAGAAAGCCAAACAGAAACUGCUGCCUACAAGGACAAGAGUGGUGGAGGCCUGUUGAGAAUGUACACUACCGGUCAAAAGUUUUAGAAAACCAAAUGAUUCAAGAGUUUUUCUUUAUUUUUUACUAUUUUCUACAUUGUAGAAUAAUAGUUAAUACAUCAAAACUAUGAAAUAACACAUGGAAUCAAGUGGUAACCAAAAAAGUGUUAAACAAAUCAAAAUAUGUUUUGAAAUAGUCACCCUUUGCCUUGAUGACAGCUUUGUACACUCUUGGCAUUCUCUCAACCAGCUUCAUGAUGUAGUCACCUGGAAUGAAUUUCAAUUCAACACUUUUUUGGUUACGACACGAUUCCAUGUGUUAUUUCAUAGUUUUGAUGUCUUCACUAUUAUUCCAGUGUACAAAAUAGUAAAAAUAAAGAAAAACCCUUGAAUGAGUAGUUGUUAUAAAACGUUUGACUGGUAGUGUAUAGUUAAGCAAUAAGGCAUGGGAUAUGGUCCACGUUGUGUCGUACGUAAGAACAGCCCUUAGUCAUGGUAUAUUGGCCAUAUACCACAAAUCCCCGAGAUACCUUAUUGCUAUUAUAAAUUGGUUACUGAUGUAAUUGGGCUCCCGAGUGGCUCAGUGGUCUAAGGUACUGCAUCAUAGCGCUAGAGGUGUCACUACAGACUCUAGUUUGAUUCCAGGCUGUAUCUCAACCGGCAGUGAUUUGGAGUCCCAUAGGGUGGUGCACAAUUGCCGUCAUUGUAAACUGACUUGCCUAGUUAAAUAAAGGUUUUUUAAA